AUGCAUCAGUCAGUCAUUCUGAUCCUGUAUCCCUUCCCUUCUUUCUUUUUGUCUUUCGUCUUGAUUCACUCAUACUCACAUAUACAAUACAUCCGCUAUAAUACAUAUACACACUUCCCACGAAUCCACCAUGCACAUCAGCCAAGUACAUCAUUCCCCACACCCAUCCACCCUUCCAUCCAUGCCCGUAUCCCAGUAUCACUGCUAAUACUGACAUUAAUCAUCCACCAGCUCUACACCUACCCCAUUAAAUCCCUCCAAGGCAUCCCCAUCCCCAGCGCAACCUUCACCCGAACCGGUUUCCCCUAUGACCGCCACUUCAUGCUCCUCAAGGUCCUCCCCAAUGGCGAAUACAAGAAUAUGCACGUGCCCCAUUUCCCCGAGAUGUCGCUGUUCUACACCGAUAUCAUCCACGGCGAUGACAACAAAAACGCAUCAGAAUCCGAGUCUAGCAGGAUAGAGGUUACAUAUCGUCCUCCCCCCACUGCUGAUCAACCCCAAUCUCAACGGAGGUUGGAGGUACCACUGGUACCCAAUACGGCUGGGUUAAAGGAAGUAGAAGUUAUCAUGCAUCAGAGUCCGACGAAGGGAUAUAUCAUGGGGGAGGAGUAUAAUGGGUGGUUUAGUGAGUGUUUCGGGUAUCAGGUGGUGCUGGUGUAUUUGGGCGGCAAUUACAGGGGUGUUCUGGGGAGCUUUGCGCCGGAGAAGAGUGCGGCGCAUAGAGGGACGCAGGGAUGGUGGAGGAGGGAUGGGGUUUUGGGUCUAGGAACAGGACUGGUGGGUGUGAUGAUUUUGUUGUCUUGGGUUGGUAUGAGUAUGGGCUUGCUGGGGAGUAUAGGAGCAACAGGAGCAGCAGGGGCUGUGUUUUGGUAUGGAGCUGGAUGCAAGAAUAAAAAGGAAGAGCAGAUUACUUUCGCUGAUACGGCGCCGUAUCUAAUUGUGUCGCGCACUUCAGUCGAUGAUGUCUCGGCGCGGUUAGCUGGGGAUGAAGAAAUGGAUGUUACCAAAGCCCGGCCAAACAUUGUGAUAUCUGGUGCGGAGACGGCGUUUGAAGAGGAUUUCUGGGCUGAAGUGCAGAUUGGAGAGCUUGGCUCGGCGAAGCUAUUGCUCACUGCCAACUGUGUGCGGUGUCAGAGCCUUAAUGUUGAUUAUGCGACAGGGAAGAUGGGCACGGGCGAGUCGGGGACUGUGCUGAAGAAGUUGAUGAAGGAUCGGCGUGUUGAUAAGGGCGCCAAGUUCAGUCCAGUGUUUGGUCGAUAUGGGUUUUUGGAUGCAGGGUCGGAUGGCCGGACGGUGCGGGUUGGGGAUGCGGUGGUGGUAGCAAGGAGGGUUAAGGAACGGAUGGUCUAUGAUUGGCCAGGAUUGACCAACUGA